AUGGCAUCAUCUUUGGCAAGAGUACGCCUAUUGCAAGGUUUUAUCCCCCAGUCAAGAUGCUAUAGCUCCGCCUCAGCACCAGUGAGACGGUUGGGCGUCAUCGGCGCCGGGCAGAUGGGACUGGGAAUAGCACUGGUGGCAGCGCAAAAGGCUCAGGUCAACGUCACGGUCGUCGACAAUUCUCAGGCAUCGCUGGACAAAGGGUUGUCCUUUGCAGAGAAGCUGCUUGCCAAAGAUGUAGCAAAGGAGCGCAUCACACAGGAGCAGGCUGACCAGGCACGCUCGAAUCUUAUCCCGACUACCUCUAUGGACGGUCUGGCCGAGGUCGACUUUGUGAUCGAGGCCGUGCCCGAGAUCCCAAGCCUCAAGUUCGAUAUCUUCUCCAAGCUGGCACAGAUCUGCCCGCCACACGCCAUCUUAGCUACCAAUACCUCUUCCAUCUCCAUCACCAAGAUAGCCGCAGCAACAACCAAGGACCCCAAGGACCUCUCAGCCAGCUCGCGCGUGGUGUCCACGCACUUCAUGAACCCGGUGCCGGUGCAGAAGGGCGUGGAGAUCAUCAGCGGCCUGCAGACCAGCCAGGACACCGUGGACAAGGCCAUUGCGUUCUGCAAGGCGAUGGGCAAGAUCCCGUCCGUGUCUGCAGACUCUCCCGGCUUCCUAGCCAACCGCAUAUUAAUGCCGUAUAUCAACGAGGCCGUCAUCUGCCUCGAGACGGGCGUGGGUGACAGGGACUCGAUCGACGCCAUCAUGAAGAACGGCACCAACGUGCCCAUGGGCCCUCUGCAGCUGGCAGACUUCAUCGGCUUGGACACUUGCCUGGCCAUCAUGAAAGUCCUGCACACCGAGACUGGUGACAGUAAGUACCGCCCGAGCGUGCUCUUGGCCAAGAUGGUCGACGCAGGGUGGCUGGGGAAGAAGAGCGGCAAGGGCUUCUAUGACUACUAGACACAAGGAGGCAUAUCGUCGACUUCACACAAUACUCAAUAUUUUUGAGGAACGCAAUAGAAGACAGGUGACUGCUCGAGCAAAUACAGUUUGUUAAACGGUC